GGUCUUGGUCUCUUUCGACUCUAUGACAGUAAUGGCAAGACAAUGUGAGCAAUGAGUUGCGAGUCUAAGCAGAUGUGUCUGUGUUUCAAGGUAUUUUUUCGCGUGCUGGCCAACCUUAUCGUAAGAAUAAAGUCGGAAUUGGUAGAUGUCGUGUAUAGGAUGUGUUUGUUCUGUUGUUGCAAGAGAAGAGAAGAUAUAGCUGAGGAGGUUGAAUGCAAGCUGAUUAGGGAGUCAACCGAAUCUUUCUAUCAGAACGUCAGCAGAGAGGCAGCCGAAAAACUUCUCGAGAAUAAACAGAACGGGACGUUCAUUAUAAGACCGUCGAAAAAUGCCAAUUUGGCGACUUUAUCUUUGGUCCAGGACUGCAAGGUUUACCAUUUGAACGUCAGAAGACGGGAAAAGGACAGUUUGAUCGCCUUAGGGACGGAGAAGAGCAACGAGAAGUGUUUCGCUAAUUUGAACAGUCUCAUUAAUUAUUAUAUAAGUAAUUAUUUGGUUUUGUAUUCGGAGGGAACGAGGACUUUAACGUUACUGCUACCUUACAGGGACAAGAAUGAAAAUUAUAAUGAAGCAACGAUAAGUUGAUUUAGAGUAAUUAGUUAUUAAUUAUAUAAUUGAUUUAUAAAAUUACUA